CCCGUGGAAGGACAAGGAGGGAGAGGUGCCAGCAUCUGCCUGGGCCAACCUGGAGCACAGCACUGGGGCAGCAUGGCUAUGCCAGGGGGGUAUGUCCUGCCCCUUCGGGGUCAUUGGGGUGCCAAAGGGGCUUGUCUCGGGGCGAGCCGGCAGUUCCUGCCCCACCGGCAACACUCACCGUAAUUAGCAGGGGCAGGGCGGAAGCACCGGCGCUAAUUGGGGAUGACUCGUUAGUGCUGGAGCGCCGCAUGCCCGGGGCACGGCUGGACUUUCCGGCACGGCUGGUCUGCGGGACCGGUUGACAUCCCAUCCCGGUGCACCGGGUCCUGGCUGGGUCCCCGUCAUCACCUCCCCUUCAUGUCACAGCACGUUCCGUCCCACCACCCUCUGUAAAAGACUGGUGGUGGUGGUGAGAGCAGGUGGAGGCAGGCAAAGAAGAAGCAGAGACAGGGAUAAGGGGCAGUUGGGGCACCAUUUGCUUCCCCCACGGAUUCCCUGGAGCCCCCCGCCGGGCACCAUGAACCGGAUCACGGUGUACGAGCACGCCAACUUCGAGGGGCUGAGCCGGGAGUUCACCUGCGACGUGCCCGACCUGCACGAGCUGGAUUUCGGGGACUGCAUCUCCUCUCUGAAGGUGGUGGGGCAGCCCUGGAUCGCCUACACAGACCCCAAGUACGAGGGGCAGCCGCAUGCCUUCGAGGAGGGUGAGUACCCCUCCAUAGAGCGAUCCAACAGCUUCUCAGCGCUGCGCCUUGUGCACCACGACCUGGGGGACCCCCAGAUCACCCUCUAUGAACACCCCAACUUCCAAGGUGCCUGCAAGGUGGUGACGGAGGAGACCAACUUGGCGUACGGGUACUUCAAUGACCGGGUGGCAUCUCACGUGGUGCAGCGAGGGGUCUGGCUGCUGUACCAGCACCCCGGCCGUGGCGGCUGGCACUGCCUGGCAUGGCCCGGUGAGCGCCUCCCUGACUACAAACUGGAGCUGAACUUCCAGUCUCGGCUGUCCCACCUGCGCCCGCUGCGGCCGGGGCGGCCCCAGGUCUCGGCGCGUCUCCUCUGGAAGGAGAAGCGGGUAGAGGAUGAGCGGGAGGUGCUAGUGGAUGAGGUGGAGGGGGUGAACGAGACGGAGUCGGAGCAAGUGCUGGCGGCCAGCAGCAGCCGGGAGUACGGCACCACGCUCUGGCAGAGCUUUCACUUCAGCAACGCCACCAGCCUUAAAGCCGGGCUGUCCUUCACACUCGCCGUGGAAGCCUCCAACAUCUUCACGGUGCAGAAAGGACACAGCGAAUCCAGCACCCGCCGGGAGCGGGUGGAAGUGCAGCUCCCGGCCAAGAUCCCCCCGCGUACGGCGCUCAGCAUCCAGGUCUUGAGGAAAGAGGUGACUCUGUCGGUGCCGGUCCUGCUCACCAUCACCCAGAAUGAAACCGUGCGUACGGAGAUGGGCGAGUACCGCAGCGUCUCCGGUACCAACAUCAGUGCCCGCUAUAGCUUGAAGCCUCUGUCGGCGGCAGGCAAGGAGCAGGCAGCCGCUGAGGGGACAGAGCUGGUGCCGGACACCGGGAUGGAGCUGUAGCUGUGUGGGAUCCCCGGAGACACCGGCGCUGCCUGUCUAUGGAGGAGCCAGGACUCGCCUUUUCUGGCCGUAUCCGAUGGCUCCAGCCGCAAGGAGCUGUCGGUGCCUCUUCCCUUUACGUGCUGCUUUUAGCCAAUAAACCCGUUUUCCUA